CAGCCUCACUGAAUCUCCACUUGACGUGAACAGAAGCUCCACACUCAGAGGCCUGCAAAGAGUAGCAUACAGAGCUGAAGAGAAACUCAGAGGAGGGAAUCACCGGGGAAAGGGGCCAUGGACUUGAUCCCCAGUUUUUCCGUGGAAACCUGGGUUCUCCUGGCAACCAGCCUGGUGCUGCUCUAUCUAUCUGGGACUUAUUCACAUGGAUUUUUUAAGAAGCUGGGGAUUCCUGGGCCAACACCUCUGCCUUAUUUUGGAAAUGUUCUGUCCUACCGAAAGGGUGUUUGGGAGUUUGACAAUGAAUGUUUUAAAAAGUAUGGGAAAAUGUGGGGGAUUUAUGAAGGUCAGCAGCAUGUGUUGGCUGUCACAGAUCCAGACGUGAUCAAAACAGUGCUAGUGAAAGAAUGUUAUUCUGUCUUCACAAACCGGCGGCGUUUUGGUCCAAUGGGAGUUAUGAAAAAUGCCGUCUCUGUGGCUGAGGAUGAACAAUGGAAGAGAUUACGAACGCUGCUGUCUCCAACCUUCACCAGUGGGAAGCUCAAGGAGAUGUUCCCCAUCAUUGGGCAGUAUGGAGAUGUGUUGGUGAGGAACCUGAGGAAGGAAGCAGAGAAGGGCAAGCCCAUCAACAUGAAAGACAUCUUUGGGGCCUACAGCAUGGAUGUGAUUACUAGCACAUCAUUUGGAGUGAACGUUGAUUCCCUCAACAACCCACAAGAUCCCUUUGUGGAAUAUGCGAGGAAGCUCUUAAGAUUUGAUAUCCUCGAUCCGUUUCUUCUCUCAAUAAUACUCUUUCCAUUCCUUACCCCAGUCUUUGAACUAUUAAAUAUCUCCAUGUUUCCAAGAAGUUCUGUGAAUUUUUUCACAAAAUCCAUAAAAAGGAUGAAAGAAAGUCGCCUCAACGAUAAACAAAUGCAUCGAGUGGAUUUACUUCAGCUGAUGAUUAACUCCCAGAAUGCCAAAGAAAUUGACACUCAUAAAGCUCUUUCUGACGAAGAACUCGUGGCCCAAAGUGUUAUCUUUAUUUUUGCUGGCUAUGAGGCUACUAGCAAUACUUUUUCCCUUCUUAUGUAUAUUUUGGCCACUUACCCUGAUGUCCAGCAGAAGCUGCAGGAGGAGAUCGAUGCCACUUUCCCCAAUAAAGCAUCUCCCACCUACGAUGCCCUGGCACAGAUGGAGUACCUUGACAUGGUGCUGAAUGAAGCUCUCAGAUUAUACCCGAUUGCUGUUAGACUUGACAGGGUCUGUAAGAAAGACGUGGAAAUCCACGGGGUGUUCAUUCCCAAAGGAACAGCAGUGACAGUGCCAAUCUUUGUUCUUCACAAAGACCCAGAGCUCUGGCCAGAGCCUGAGGAGUUCCGUCCUGAAAGGUUCAGUAAGAAGAACAAGGACAGCAUAAAUCCUUACACAUACCUGCCUUUUGGAACUGGACCCCGCAACUGCCUUGGCAUGAGGUUUGCCAUCAUGAACAUGAAACUUGCUGUUGUCAGAGUCCUGCAGACCUUCUCCUUCAAACCUUGUAAAGAAACACAGAUCCCCCUGAAAUUAAACACUCAAGGAAUUUUGCAACCGGAAAAACCUGUUGUUCUAAAGGUUGUGCCCAGAGAUGGUACCAUAAGUGGAGCCUGACUUUCCCUAAGGCCUUGGGCUUUGUUCUGCAAGGAGCUGUGACCCAGAAUUUCAGAGAACAUGAUUACUUUGUGAUAAAACCCAGAAAUAAAGAUGGGCAUCACCUACUGAGCUUGCUGUGUGACGAGGGAUUUAGCUUUCUCAGUGUCUACACCCUGUUCCAUAUUGUGUAACAUGAGAGAGGUGACUAACGAGGGCUGGAUACGCACACGCAGCUUAUCUGGUUCUCAUGGGACCAUCUCCACCCACCCCCACUUAGUACCAUUUACUCCUCCUGAGCACUGACCAAGAAUGAAAAUGUCUCAAAAAUUUAAUCAGCAAAUUAAGGAAAACAAGAAUUAUUGUGGUGACUGAAGUACUGACAUUUACUCCACAGGUUUUAUUUUAAAUAUUCCGAGUCAGAUA